GAUUAUGAUUGUCAAGAGUUUAACUCCGAAACUCGUUCCAUGGAUCCUCUUGCUGUCUCUCUUCACGGCGAUUUCACUAACGUCGUCUCAGCCCAACGCUCCUCCAACAAUCUCUCCAGACGCAAAUCGCUGCAACGGCGUGUUCGUCUCCUACACUUACUCGACCGGAUCCGAUAUCAAACCGAACGACACUAAAAACCAGCCGUACCGGUUCGAGUCGGUGAUCACGGUGCUCAACAACGCUCGCGACGAGCUCAAGUCGUGGCGCGUCUUCGUCGGAUUCGCCCACCAAGAGAUUCUUGUUUCGGCCACCAACUCUGUUCUCGGCGACGGUUCUAGCCUUCCGGCUAGCGUUGGGAACGGGACAACCUUCGUCGGGUAUCCGACGGCGGAUUUGAAGUCGGCGAUUAUGACGGCGGGUGACGUCACUCAGAUGCAAGCACGUGUCGAGCUCGUCGGAACUCAGUUUGGAGUUGCUCCGCCGAAUGUUCCACUUCCGAAGAACAUCACUCUUGUUAAUGAUGGAUGGAAAUGUCCUAAACCCACUCAACAAGGUAAAAAUGUUCUGCAAGUAUGCUGCAUGCCAGGUCAGAGAAACAAAACGGUCUCCAUCGGUGAAAAGUAUCUGCCUAGGCAACAAGGAGAUCUAACCAUCAUGUACGAUGUGACCAAAGCAUAUAGUUCGAGUUACUGGGCGCAGGUCACGAUCGAGAAUCAUAAUCCGCUUGGUAAGCUUGACAACUGGAAUCUAAGUUUUACUUGGAUGAAAGAUGAGUUCAUCUUCAAAACAUUAGGAGCUUAUCCGAGUCUUGUAGAUCCAUCUGAAUGUAUCAAUGGCCCGCAAGGAAAACACUAUCCACACACUGACUUCUCCAAUGUCAUGAGCUGUGCCAGAAGGCCACACAUCAUUGACCUCCCUCUCACUAAGUAUAACGACUCCAAUCUUGGACUCAAACCAUUCUGCUGCAGAAACGGAACGAUCUUGCCACCGUCCAUGGAUCCAGCCAAGUCCAAAUCAGUUUUCCAAAUGGAAGUUUACAAAAUGCCUCCUGAUCUCAACAUCACAGCGAUCACGCCUCCUCAGAGCUGGCAGAUUAGAGGUAACCUUAACAACCCGGAUUACAAAUGUGGCCCUCCUGUUCGAGUCAGCUCUAGCCAUUUCCCUGAUCCAAACGGUUUACCUUCGAACCGGGUCGUAUUUGCUAGCUGGCAAGUGGUCUGCAACAUCACUCAACCAGCUACUCCUCAAUGCUGUGUUUCCUUCUCUUCUUACUUCAACGACUCGAUCAUUCCUUGUAAAACAUGCGCUUGCGGAGGUUGCUCUAGCGACAGAGUGGCUCGCACGUGUAGCACCACUUCUACAGCUCUUUUCCUUCCCUCUCAGGCUCUUCUCAUCCCUUUCGAGAACCGAACCGAGCUAGCCACUUCGUGGGCAAGGUUAAAACGCAGGAGAGUUCCUGAGCCAUUGCCUUGUGGAGAUAACUGUGGAGUUACCAUCAAUUGGCAUCUAACCACUGACUACAGAGGUGGAUGGACUGCUCGGAUCACAAUCUUCAACUGGGGAGAAACCAACUUCGCUGAUUGGUUUGCUGCGGUUGAGUUGAAAAAAGGUGCACCGGGUUUUGAGAAAGCUUACUCCUUUAAUGGAACUACGGUUGCUGUCAACGGGAAGAACACUACAGUUUUGAUGGAAGGGCUUCCUGGUCUUAACUAUCUCGUUGCAGAGACGGAUGGGAAAAACCCGAGCAAGGACUUUCGAGUACCCGGUAAACAACAGUCGGUUAUCUCCUUCACCAAGAAACUGACUCCUGGGAUCAAACUUGGUUCUGGAGAUGGGUUUCCGACCAAAGUGUUCUUCAACGGUCAGGAAUGUUCACUCCCAUCUGUGCUUCCCACGAACAACGGUCUCAAGAGACAUGUGUCCACUUUUCUUCUCGUUGCGUUACCACUUUUUGCUCUCUUGAUUCUGCAGAGUUAAGAGUAGUUUCUUCCGGUGAUUGAGCUUUCCCUAUUUGGCCAGAAAACAUACACAGUUAUUUUUUAUUCUUUCUAACCAGAUUUGUUACACAAUUAGUAUUGGUUUUGUGCAACGUGUGAUUCUUGAAUUUCUUGAUAUUCAGUAGGUAUACAUAUAUUGGACAUACAGAA